AUGAGCCUACUAUUGAAGCUGCCGUUACGCUUUUGGCCUGAGGGGGCAAUCGCGAGCAUAAAAAUUCAAAAGUCCGUAAAGUCCCUUUAAGGUAUGGUGAAUGCAAAAAUACCCCUCGCUUGCAAUGAUUUAGAUAUGUGUUGCCCCCAUUGCCUAAAUACACACUGUCACUUUAAUAAAUUAAAGUACAGAUACAGAAAAUUUGUACCUAAGUACAGUAAGAAUGUACCUGUACUUUAUCACAUUCCAUUACUGGCUUGGUUUGCUAAAGUUUUGCUGCACAGGGUGAAAUAAGGAUUUUGAAAGCUCUUUAAUACAACAUCACCCACUUUACUUGUAAUAAAACCUUGUUUCAGCAAGGACAAGAACCAUUUUAAAGUCUUUGGUAUGACCCACCCAGGAUUUUAACUCCGAUCUCCCAGUCCCAGGGCAGACCCUCAUAUUACUAGAAUAUAAUCAUAUCAAUAAUAAAUAGUUUUAUUUUCUCAGGCUAAACAUAAGCAGCAAGCAUAGUUUUCUUCAUUUAUUUAUAAAAUGUCAAUCUCAUAAAUCCACUAAUUCACUUAACUACAUAAUGGCUUAAUGGCAUCAGCUGUAGUUUCAGGGUCAGUACUUUAUGGGUCAGCCCAGUAAAUAUUAAUAAAACCAAACAUAAUGAGCCUACAAGGUGAAUUAAAACACAGGAAACACACACACAACUGUGACACUAGCAUACAUGGCAUGCAGAGCUAACUACACAGCAAUUAUCAGUCUGCGUCACUGUAAACAUUUCUGUAAAUUAUGGGAAGUGGAAAGAAAACCACACAGGGGCCUCUAGACUGUCAACAAAGCUCGAGAAAUGCUCGCUUCUUUUAGAAAUACUUAGAUUUAGUUCAUUUUAGAACAUACAGUCUGCUUAAACAGUCUAGGAAUGCUUCACAUGAACCUGCAUGCACAAGACCUCAUUCAUGGCCUGAGGUCUUGCAUAAAGAAAGAGAAACUCUAGAUGUGUUUGAGAGAAGCGGUAGAACAAAAAGCAUUUUAGAUGGUUAUAUUUAAAUUAGAUGUGGCCGAUUUUGCAUCUGUUUAUUUAAAAUGGGUUGAAUUGUGUGAAACAGAAGCUUGCAUGGUUUCUGAGUGUUGAGUAACACUGAGCUGAAACCACCAGUCAGCCACAUCCUCUUUCACAGAAAGGUCUCCUCUUGAAACAGCCAACAUCGCCUGUGCUGUAAAAAGGCCUCUGAUUGGUGAGCAUGAUCACCUCACUGCAGCACACUCACUAGGUGACUUUAAAUUUCGCUUUGUGCAAGCCAAUGUUACAUAUAAUAAAGCCAGUCUUGUUUAGAAAUCAUUGACAACUUUCUUUAUAGUAAAAAAAAUGAUUUUACUAGACAAAAUUAAAAUUAAAACAUAUAAAAGGAUGUUCCCCUGACAAAUACAGAAUCUUUUUAAAACAAUUUAUAAUGUAAAUAUGGAUUUUCCUGUUGGCACUCUUACUUAAAUGUAUGAUAUUGAAAGCUACAAUGGCAAAUUUGGAAAACAAAUUAGCUUAAAACAUUUUCAUUCAUUCAUUCGUUCGUUUUAUUUAUAAAGCCCCUUCCCACCAAGGGGGCCCAAGGUGCUGAACAUAGUGCAGAGAAGCAGCACAAUAAAACACCUCUACAAUAAAAUACAGAGAUAAAAACAUUUAAAAACAAAAAAAGAGUUAAAAACAAUAAAAAAUAGUGAUCAAAAAACAUUAAAAUGUGAAUAAAACACAACAAAACCAGAAACAAACAAAUCAAACCAACAGGUGACAAAUGGCACGCCAUGAGCAACAAGGCUGGCGCCAUCUUUUACAAUGAAAUUAAGAAAAAAAAAAUUUAAUCAUGCUUCUUAACAACAUUGUAACACAACGACAGUAUAGCUAUAAAUAUGUUGCGGAGAGAAAAAAAGAAAUUGUGAAAGGGAUUUCCUUGCAUUUAUUUAAAAACCUCUGCCAAAAACACGUUUCAGUCUGAAAGCAACCACUCGACCACUCUGCUGUCUGCCUCGCCAAACCGCCGCAGUUUCCUGGGUCCUCCAUUCAUCAUUACACACCCCUGAGAAGUUUGCGGUUCUGUGUCUAUACAAAAGAUGCUUGGAUGUAUAAAAUGGCGACUGAUGUUUAGCGCUCUCACAUUUCCUCUGGAAAUGCGGGUUUCCGGUUCGGACAAAAGCAUCUCAGGGAAGACACAUGAGUGUUCCGUGACCGUGUUUGCAUUCAAAAGCUAGGUUGUUCCGUAGCUUCACUAUAACUGCUUUAAACUAGAAAAAUCCUGAAGAAUUUUUAAAAAGGAACAAUGAGACGUUUUUUGCGAUGUUUUCUGCUAAUACACGCAAUGAAAACGCACACGCAAUGCACACACAAAAUGAGCACGCACACAUUUUUUAUUAUCUUUUAUUGGUUCAACAUGUUGCUCAACAAUUUUUUUUAUUAUCUUUUUAUUAUCUAUAUUGUCUUCUUUUUUAUAAGUCUCUAGUUUUACAUGCUAAUUCGUUUAUAUGCUAAAUCGGCUUGCCAUACAACGACUCGGAGCUGUGGGAUUUCAUGACGACGUCAUAGAAAUUAUCACUCUUUAGACAAAGUUGCUUUAAAAAUACCUUUUAUAAUUUACGUGACGUAGAAAUACUAGGUAGAAUGCCAAUAUGGCGCCUUAAUUAACCUGUUUGGCAACAAUGAUAACCACGCGGUUUGGUUUUAACAGACUGUUUGGCAACUCGUGAGCUCGAUGGUGAUUGGCUAACCGGGACGAUGACGUCAAACGCUAAAAGCCUCGAGAGUAGUGAAGAACGAGAUAAACAGAGAAGAAAUGAGUCGCUUUUAGCUGAAUGUCCUCUUUCUGCCUCUGGGGCUGUCUUACUAAAGGUUGUUUUAAAUGAAACGUUCCGGCUGGACUCAGGAGGUUUUCUGUAACAUUUUGGGGGUUUGUUGUUCUCCGUGAUUGUCUCCCAGCAGCUUUAACAGACCCGUCAGACCAUGAACUAUGUUGGCCAGCUGGCAGGCCAGGUGUUUGUACAGGUCAAGGAGCUGUACCGAGGCCUCAAUCCUGCAACACUCUCUGGAUGCAUUGAUGUCAUCGUGGUGAGGCAGCCCGAUGACUCGCUGCAGUGCUCUCCCUUCCACGUUCGCUUUGGUAAAAUGGGUGUCCUGCGCUCCAGAGAGAAAGUGGUGGACAUGGAAAUAAAUGGAGUGCCAGUGGAUCUUCAUAUGAAGCUCGGGGACAAUGGAGAGGCCUUCUUUGUGCGAGAAACAGAAAACGGUCAGGAAGUCAUUCCCUCCUACUUGGCCACCUCUCCCAUCUUGUCCGAUGGAGCCGUUUUGAUGAGCCCCCCCCUGUUAGGGAAGAGCCCUGGACCUCCCGUCCAAACCUUGGGCUCCAUGGGGAGCAGUGGAGAGACAAAGAAGAGGAGGAAGAGGAGGAGGAAGAGUCGAGCAGACAGCACCAGGAGAGAGGAGAGUGGGGACUACUCUGCAGAUGAAGACAUGUUUUCCAUAGACAUGAGCUCAGAUGAAGGAGGGGAGGGGGAGAAAAACAGAUCUGCAUCACGGGAAGCUUUAGGGGACGAAACGGCUGCUCUGAGUUCAUUCAAACAGAACGGAGUUCACACUCGAUCGGACGGGGAGUGGAGUCCAGCCCGAAGUCCCAGCAACUAUCGCCCCACGUCUCCUAAAAGCGACUCUGAGCUGAUCACCAACAUGUCGGACUCGGACAGUCAGAAUCCAGCGAUGCACUGGGCGUGGGGGGAGUUGCCGCAGGCCGCCACGCCGUCAUUCCUCCCGCUGAAAUCCAGCCCGCCACCUGUGUAUCCCGUAUCCAUCCCUGUGACGCAAAACACACACUUCCGUGCGAUUCCUCGUGAGAUGCCGUCAGGACCACGCAGGGCCUGCUGUGAGAUGCCAGCUCGAAGACUGGUGAUGGAGGAGGAGGGCGUGGCCAAAGAGGAGUCCGAUGGGGUGGAGUCAGAAUCGGUGAGGGCGAAGGCUCCGGCGCUAGCGUCAGAGACGCGGGCCGACAUGGAGGAGAUGUCUCUGCGUCCUCUCGGGAAGACAGACUCUCCCAAGAGGAAAGACAAAAGGAGCCGCCACCUUGGUGCUGACGGGGUUUACCUGGAUGACCUCACCGACCUGGAGCCGGAGGUGGCAGCACUGUAUUUUCCUAAGAGCGACAGCGGCUUGGCCGUGAGAAGCGUGUCUGACCCGGGCCUCCACAGCUCUAGUCAGUCCCCACAGUCCAUGAGCUCAGGAGGAGACAGCGGCGUGGACAGCUACUGUGACCCCAUGUCUGACCUCCCUUCCAUCGCCGUCUCCCUGUGUGGAGGGCUCAAUGACAACAAGGAGAUCACUAAAGAAGAGUUUCAGGAUAAGAUCAUCUCCUAUCAACAGUUCAUGGAAAACCCCUCCAUCAUCGAUGACCCCAACCUAGUGGUGAAAGUUGGCUCAAAAUACUUUAACUGGAGCUCGGCGGCUCCGCUGGUGCUCGCCAUGCAAGUCUUCCAGAAACCUCUGCCAAAGGCUGCCGUGGAGAAAAUCAUGAAGGAGAAGAUGCCCAAGAAAGGAGGGAGGUGGUGGUUCUCCUGGAGGGGCAGAAACAGCAACACCAAACCAGAUUCCGUUGAUGAGCUCGGAGCGUGUGGUUCUGUCGAGCAGGCUGGAAAGAUGAAAAGCAGACAUAAAGAAGAGUCAUCUUCCAGCGACGAAGACCACCUUGCAGCCAAGCAGAGUUCUCCCAUCAUCCAAUCAGAGCCUGGACCCCCACCAGGAGGCGUGUCCUAUAAGAAAACACUCCGUCUGACCUCAGAUCAGCUGCUGUCGCUCCAGUUGCUCGACGGUCCAAACGACGUUGUGUUUAGCGUGACCACUCAGUAUCAGGGAACCUGUCGCUGUCAAGGAACCAUCUACCUCUGGAACUGGGACGACAAGAUCAUCAUCUCUGACAUCGAUGGAACCAUCACCAGGUCAGACACGCUGGGACACAUCCUGCCCACUCUUGGCAAAGACUGGACACAUCAGGGAAUUGCUCACCUUUACCACAAAGUUAGCCAAAAUGGCUACAAGUUCCUGUACUGUUCGGCCCGAGCCAUCGGCAUGGCUGACAUGACAAGAGGUUACCUGAACUGGGUCAACGAGAGAGGCACCAUGUUGCCUAUGGGCCCGGUUCUGCUAAGCCCGAGCAGCCUGUUCUCAGCUCUGCACAGGGAGGUGAUUGAGAAGAAGCCGGAGAAAUUCAAGGUGGAGUGUCUCACAGACAUCAAGCAUCUCUUCUACCCAAACACGCAACCUUUCUACGCCGCCUUUGGCAACAGACCAACGGAUGUGUAUUCUUAUAAAGAAGUAGGAGUGCCACUGAACAGGAUUUUUACCGUGAACCCUAAAGGGGAGUUGGUGCAGGAACACGCCAAGACCAACAUCUCAUCUUAUGCUCGUCUGGGCGAAGUGGUGGACCACGUGUUUCCCCUCAAAGCUCGCUCCUCCUCCUCAGACUUCCCCUGCUCAGACACCUUCAGCCACUUCACCUACUGGAGGGAGCAGCUUCCUCAGGUGGACGCUCAGGAAACGACGCCACCAGCGGACGAUCCCACUUCCUCCUCAAACCUGAGCGAUGGAGCCGUAGCAGCUAUUUGAGUGUGUUUUCUGUAAAUGAAGUGCACCUUUUAUCACGCGCAGCAGAAAGUUGGUGUAAAACAAUCUGUUGCGACUAGUCUUAAGGACAAAACUGCACUUUUUUUUUUAUCAACGGACUGGAUGUGUAUAUAUUGGACAAUUUAAACCUAUUUAUUCAAGCAGCUAGAUAGAUUUUUAUUUAUAUUAGAGUAGCUGGAGUUAAACCUUAUAUCUGAUCAGCGCAUGUGCCAAACAUUCAAUGUGAAUCUUUAUUCUAACUCUAAAAUCUGUCUCUAAUCAGCACAGAAAAGUAUGCAAAUGUCAGAUUUCGGUGCUGUUUUUAAGGAAUAAGGCAAUAUUUCUAGCUUUCUACAUGCAGGCGGAUCCAUGGAAAAGCAUCAGUGUAGCUUUAGUAGUCAGUUUGUAGAGAAGCACAUCUCUUACAGCUGCCAUGACGAUUUUCUUUCUCUAAAUGUUGAUGAUUGUGAGGAAAUAUGAAGAACUUGAGUUAUUUUUCUAUUCAAACCACUGUGUGUGUGUGUGUGUGUGUGUGUGUGUGUGUGUGUGUGUGUGUGUGUGUGUGUGUGUGUGUGUGUGUGUGUGUGUGUGUGUGUGUGUGUGUGUGUGUGUGUGUGUGUGUGUGUGUGUGUGUGUGUGUGUGUGUGUGUGUGUGUGUGUGUGUGUGUGUGUGUGUGUGUGUGUGUGUGUGUGUGUGUGUGUGUGUGUGUGUGUGUGUGUGUGUGUGUGUGUGUGUGUGACUGAUGCUUUAUUAAAUACUUGAGAGGCUUUUUAAUUUUAGCACCUGAAAGUUGGUUUUAAAGCUACAACAGUAAUUAUUUCUUAUCCCACAGACAGUGUGAAGUAUCUGUUGUGAAUCUAAUGGCUGAAUUGUGCCCCAGCUUUUAGCCUGCAGUGAUGUUUAUGAGAGGAUGUGUAGUUUCCACAAAACUACUUUUAUUCUUUCCACGAAAGAACUAAAACCGAAUAAAAUCCUUACAUUUUUGUUCUCUGUGGACCCAUUGGUGGUCUCAUUAAACUUGGUGAAAUAGUU